CCAGUUCGUGGCAGUAAUGCAUGUUAAAAGUUAGUUGCUAAACGGAAUACAAAAUCCACAGAAGAAGACGACGAAGCAGAAUUAAUUGUGCUCGAGCACGUUGUUGUUAAAGUUCGGUUAAAGUUUCAUUUCGUGAAAUGCAAACAGAAGUCAAAGUCGGUGAAAUGAGGGAGGACAAACCCAGCCUGCUGCUCUCCUUCCACACUGAGAUCAAACAAGAGUCUCUGGAUUCUGGUUGUUACAGUGGAGCUCAGUGUUCAUUGGUGGAUUCAGAGAUGACAUCAGUAAAGCAGGAAGACUGCAGUCAAGUACUGGGACUGAAUAUUAUUAAAGAUGAAAAGGAAGAGAAGUUUAUUGGUGAUUUAAUUAGUCAAGAUGAGAUUGCUGAAGGUGAAAUAUUUCCUGGAGAGAAACAACAGGAUGACUACAAAGAUAAGAAGUCUCACCACUCUCCCCAUUGUGGAAAAUCUUUCCUCUCUAUAUCACAUUUAAAAAGACACUGUGACAUGCCUAGAGAGAAACCUUUCUCAUGUUCUGAUUGUGGGAAGAGUUAUUUUCAGUUCGGUGGCCUUAGAACUCACCAGCGCAUACACACUGGAGAGAAACCUUCCUCCUGUUCUGACUGUGGGAAGACAUUCUCUUAUAUAACUUGCCUUAAAGUUCACCAACGCACACACACAGGAGUGAAGCCUUUCUCAUGUUCAAGCUGUGGGAAGUGUUUCUCUCAUUUAAGUAGCCUUAAAUAUCACCAGCUUAUACAUAUAAAAGUGCAGCCUUUCUCAUGUUCUGAUUGUGGGAAGUGUUUCCUUAAAUCAUCUCAACUUACUAAACAUCAGAAAUUUCACACAGGAGAGAAGCCUUUCUCAUGUUCGGAUUGUGGGAAGAGUUUUCUUAAAUCACAUCUACUUACUAAACAUCAUAAAGUUCACACAGGAGAGAAGCUUUUUUCAUGUUCUGAUUGUGGGAAAAGUUUUUCUGAGUUCAGUAUCCUUAAAAUUCACCAGCGCAUACACACUGGAGAGAAACCUUACUCAUGUUCUGAUUGUGGGAAGAGUUUUUCUAAUUCAGGUAACCUUAAAGUUCACCAGCGCAUACAUACUGGAGUGAAACCUUUCUCAUGUUCUGACUGUGGGAAGAGUUUUUCUCAAUUAGGUAGCCUCAAAGUUCACCAGGUCAUGCAUAAUCGAGAAUAGCCUUACUCCUGUUCUAACUUUGGGAGGCGUUUCAUUAGAUCAUCUCAUCUUACUGUUCAUCAGAGAAUGCACAUAGGAGAGAAGCCUUACUCCUGUUCUGACUGUGGGAAAAGUUUUAUUAUAUCUGAAAUUACUGGUCAAUAAAAUUAAAUCACAUCA